AUGAAGGUGUUCCUGCUUGGGUUGGUCCUGGUUGUACAAGUUUUGCAAACAAUGGCUGCUAUACCCGAGCGACAGAACGCAGUGAACCCCUACGCAAGGAACGCAGAAGACCCUGCCGAUGAAGCACGAGGCCCGUAUGCACCAGGGCACCGGAGAGUGUCGCGACAGAACGCAGUGAACCCCUACGCAAGGAACGCAUAA